UAUAUUGGCCAACGCACGAAGCACAAUCAGGCGGUAAACUACUUGGUUCGGGAUCCAAAACAUCGCGCAAAAGCCAAAGAGUUGGCCGUCACGGAGGGUCGUUUCCACGUCAACAAGCGUGAUGUUGGCCGUAGGCUCACUCGCGAGGAGCUAAAAGAACGUGAGGACGAGGUCAUUCGCUCAGUAAUAGUUGAAACGGUUGAUCUAAGGGGAGACUGCGGCGUGCCAAGUAUCCGAAAUACGCUCCUUGUGCAGUUAUUUAUUUUUCCCUUCUGGUUGAUGCGGCUUAUUUUCUGGGCAAUCCGGUGGAUCAUUCUCUUCUACAUCCUUCGUCAACCGUAUGGACCAGAGGAACAAGAAUUUCUGACGCGGUGGAAGCUCGGUUUCAGUCAAGCGCGUUGGGAGAGCCUUGACGAAGAUGCUAGGGCACAGUUUAUGCAACUAGAGUUAUGGAUUCCUGCAAAAUUUUCGGCAAGUUUAUGGAUUUAUCGGAUUUGGAUAAGUAAGACUGCCGAUACAAAAGCUUAUCGGGAACAACAAGCGGAGGAACUUCGCAUCCGGUCCGCGGAGAGCACAAAUUAUAAACGAUACAGACGUUACAUGAAGCGCACCGGUCCAGCCGAAAUUAAUCUGGAGGGCCUGUGA